UUUUUUUUUAAUGGAGCCCUGGACUCCUCCGACAAUCCGCACCUCUCAGCUGUUUCCUCCUGGGCUUAUUUGAUGGUCAGAGAUGGACGUGGCUCCGGUGCUCCUGCUCCUGCUGUGCGCUCUGAGCGGCUCUGAUGGAGAACCCGCGGAGGACACGAGCCUUCCUCCCCGACACGACCUGAUCGAUUAUAAGGAUCCCUGCAAAGCGGGUGCUGCUCCUACGUGGGGAGGAGAGGCGGCGGUCCUCAGGCCAUCUCCAUCGGGAAGAACUGCGAUAAGUUCGGCAUCGUGGUCCAUGAACUGGGCCACGUGAUCGGCUUCUGGCACGAGCACACGCGUCCGGACCGCGACGAGCACGUGAACAUCAUCAGAGACAACAUCCAACCAGGGCAAGAGUACAACUUCCUGAAGAUGGAGGCCGACGAGGUGGACUCACUGGGAGAGGUGUACGACUUUGGCAGCAUCAUGCAUUACGCAAGAAACACAUUUUCCAGAAGCAUCUUCCUGGACACGAUCCUGCCUCGUUAUGACGUCAACGGGGUCAGGCCGUCCAUCGGACAGAGGACCAGGCUCAGCAAAGGGGACGUCGCUCAGGCCCGGAAACUCUACAAAUGUGCAAAGUGUGGGGAAAGCCUGCAGGAAAGCACUGGAAACUUCUCGUCUCCUGGUUUCCCCAACGGCUAUUCAGCGUACACCCACUGUGUUUGGAGGAUUUCUGUCACGCCAGGAGAAAAGAUAGUCCUUAACUUUACCUCCAUGGACCUCUUCAAGAGUCAUUCGUGCUGGUACGACUACGUGGAGGUCCGAGACGGAUUCUGGAGAAAAGCUCCUCUGAGAGGUCGACUCUGCGGCGACGCACUUCCAGAGCCCAUCGUCUCAACCGACAGUCGACUUUGGGUUGAAUUCAAAAGCAGCAGCAGCUGGGUGGGCAAAGGAUUUUCAGCUGUUUACGAGGCCAUUUGCGGAGGGGAGCUGAAGCGGGACAGCGGCCAGAUCCAGUCUCCCAAUUAUCCUGACGAGUACCAGUCCAACAAAGUGUGUGUGUGGCAGAUCACAGUCCCAGAAGGGUUCCAAGUUGGCCUCUCCUUUGUGUCGUUUGAGACGGAGAAACACGACAGCUGUGCCUACGACUACCUGGAGGUGAGGGACGGCGAUACGGAGAGCAGCCCCGUCCUUGGACGCUUUUGCGGCUACGACAAACCGGACAGCAUCAAGAGCAGCUCCAACCAUCUCUGGCUCAAGUUUGCCUCCGACGGCUCGGUCAACAAGGCCGGGUUCGCCGCCAGUUUUUUAAAAGAGAUGGAUGAGUGCUCCAGGCCUGAUAACGGCCAGUGUGAGCAGCGCUGUCUGAACACGCUGGGCAGCUACAUGUGUGCCUGUGAUCCUGGGUAUGAGCUGGCAGCCGACAGACGCAGCUGUGAUGCAGCUGCUUGCGGCGGCUUCAUCACCAGUCUGAAUGGCUCCCUCUCCACCCCCGGCUGGCCCAACAAGUACCCUCACAACAAGAACUGCGUGUGGCAGCUGGUGGCCCCGGCUCAGUACCGGAUCACCCUGGAGUUCGACGGGUUCGAAACCGAAGGCAACGACGUGUGUAAAUACGACUACGUGGAGGUGCGCAGCGGGCUGAGCUCAGACUCAAAGCUUCACGGGAAGUUCUGCGGCUCAGAGAAACCCGACGUCAUCGCCUCCCUCCAAAACAACAUGAGGAUCGAGUUCAAGUCGGACAACACCGUGUCCAAGAAGGGCUUCAAGGCUCACUUCUUCUCCGAUGAGGACGAGUGCUCCAAAGCUAACGGAGGCUGCCAGCAUGAAUGUGUGAACACGUUUGGGAGCUACAGGUGUCAGUGCCGCAGCGGCUUCAUGCUGCAUGACAAUAAACACGACUGCAAGGAAGCUGGAUGCGAUCAUGUUGUAAACGGUGUUUUCGGCACAAUCAACAGCCCCAACUGGCCCGACAAGUACCCCAGUAAGAUAGCCUGCACCUGGUUUUUGUCCACAACACCGGGUCACCGCAUCAAACUCGUUUUUAAUGAGGUCGACAUGGAGGCUCAUCUGGAGUGUGCUUAUGACCAUCUGGAGAUCUUUGAUGGCAAAGAUGUUCGUGCUCCUUCUCUGGGGCACGUUUGUGGCACCAGGAAGCCUUCUCCUGUUGUCUCCAGCAGCAACAAAAUGUUCCUACAGUUUUUCUCUGAUAACUCGGUGCAGAAGAGGGGUUUUGAGGCUUCAUACGGAGCAGAGUGUGGAGGAAGCCUCGAAGCUGAGGUCAAGAUGAAAGAUCUGUACUCUCAUGCACAGUUUGGAGAUAACAACUACCCCGGGGGCUCAGACUGCCUAUGGGUGAUCACUGCAGAGAAGGGGUACGGAGUGGAGAUCAUCUUCCAAGUGUUUGAGAUGGAGGAGGAAGCUGACUGUGGCUACGAUUACGUGGAGCUGUAUGAUGGCGCUGACAUCAAGUCUCCAAGGCUGGGGCGGUACUGUAGCUCCGGGGCCCCAGAAGACGUCUACUCAGCCGGAGAUGCUAUCACUUUGAAGUUUCACUCCGACGACAGCAUCAGUAAAAAGGGCUUUCACGCACGCUACACCAGCACAAAGUUUCAGGACACGUUACACACGAGCGACUGAAUUGCAGCCUUCGGCCCAAACAUUCUGACGGUCACACCCGUCUCCAGGCGAGGAAUGAAUGCUUGGGUUCAUACCACAAAAACCGAGCCGCAUACUUUCUAUUUACAUCGGGUUAGACUGAACGAAAUCUUCUCUUUUCCUCAUUUCAUAGUCACAUCACCAGGAAUGAUCUGAUUCUAUGUUAAAAAACACUGAGUUAAGAUAUAAAAUGUAUAUUUUGAAGUAUAGUUUGCUGUGAGAAUAAUAUUUUUUAUUGUCUGAGACUGAAAAAUGGAUCGUCUCAAAUGAACGAAGUCAAACUUGUUGUUAUGGAAAUCAAACAUAUUUUUUGUGGUUUUACGAUGGUUUGAGUUUACAUUCAGUGAAUACCUUGUUCCUAAGACGGUUUUAGGCCCUAAAAGACAUAUUUGUACUGCUGCAAUUAAAUUUACGAUCACUUUCUGGCAAAGUGGUUCAAUCUGUUGGUAGCGUAUUAUUAAUCUGUGGGCUCCAUUACUGAUUUAGAAGCAGCGUGAGCAAACACAGCUACUGUUAACAUCUGUCUCCAAACACUGAAUCACAGUCUUACUAUAAAAUUAAUGAAUAAACAAGAAAAUGUCACGUUUA